GACCCCCACUGCCGUCAGAUUCCGGCAAAGGCCGAGCCAUCGGCAGCUUUCGUUACUCCCUUCCAUCGGUAGAAGCAGAACGAAAAUAUAGAAAACAAAAAACAAAAAUGGAGUUAAGAUCCCGAUCUAGUACGGAAUCAAUUAAAAAUGCACUUGCAUAGAAAAAAAAGAGCUUACCAGAGGGUAAGAUCUCCCCGUCGUCGCCUCCUUUCCAACUAGAAAGGGUAGAUCGAAGAUUAGUAGAAGGUAAAUCAAGAGUCCACCCUCGAUUUUGGGCCGAAUUCCGGAAAAAAUAAACAAGAAACAUGGUUAGAACCUCGAAAACCAGGAAAUCAAGAUAUGAAAAUGGUAAAAUAUAUUGCUUGCAAAACAGAAACGAACCUUUAAGGUCCCCUCGUUGUCAUCGCUGGCGGCGCCUCCCCCCAGUCGCCGCCGGUGACGCCGUUCUUCUUUCUCCUUGUCGUUUCCAAAUCGAAUAGGGGAGAGGGCUCGUCGGUUUCCCUUUCUCGGAUUAGAGAGGAAGAACGCGAGAGGGAGAAGAAAAUUGAGAGGGGGGCUAUUUGAUUUGAUUAGGGUUUUUUUAGUUUCUUCUGGAAGAGGAGACGAGAGAGAGGUGAGAGGGAGAGAGCUGAGAGAGAACGAGUUAGAGAGAGAGGCGGCGGCCGCUCGGUUAAGGAAUAGUUUUUUUCUUAGAGAUUAUUUAUACCUCUUGCUUCUGACUGACCAUAUUACCCUAGGAUUUCUUGAUAUUUACGCGGCCCUGCCACCACAUGUUUAGGAAGUUACGAAAUUGUCCUUCCCCCUUCUCUGCAAUAAAACGGAAGAUCAUAAACUAGUCAGAGUCAGCGAGUUUCAAACCGUCAUCUGCGGGAUUGGACGCGCUAUACGACUGCCGCUUUAGCCAGUUGGGCCGCACGCCCAUCAUGCGUAAAUAUAAUAAUCCCGUUUUAUUUUAUUUGUUUAAAAUCCUUAAUACGAAAUGUUGAAUGCAGAUUAAGUUUAUCUUGUUUCUUUUCUAAUACGUCAAAUUACUUCUUAAUAGUCAAAAUCCUCGUGUUCUCUUUUCAUAUCUUCAUAAUAAAUCAGCUUAAAUCUCAUUAACAAAAUCUUCAAUAAUAGAACCACGAUCGGUAAAACCAUAAAUUAAUAUGAUAAAAAUCUUUAGCGGUCCAGUGGGACCCUAUAAAUACCAAUGAUUAUUAAAAACACCCAACUCAAUAAAACUUAUCGACUUAAGUAUUACAAAUUAAGGGCGUUGUGGGGGUGUUGCUUAAAUUCCCCACACGUAGCCGUACUCCCGAACCUAGAUUUCUAUAUCGCAGACCAAGCCUCGGUUCUGACCCUAAGGUCAGAGCCGACAGAAGAGUGUUCGAUUCACUCCAAGUAAGAUCGAUGGCGACUCUAAAAGAGAACGUGACCCGACGACCCCCCGAGGGACGGUUGCGACAGAUGGCUGGGGGAAAAAACAAAGUGACACUGACAAUGCAACGUUUUGCUUGUGAAAAGAGAAGUUUGGAUGGGAGGGAUUUCAAAUAGGGUUAAGUAAUUUGAAUGAAAAUGGCGUUGUUUUGGGGACAGGCAGGGACGGGGCGGAUACGGGAUCCAUCCCCACCCGUUGCCGCUACUAUCGAGUUUUGGCCAUACCCGAAUCCGCCAAUUACCCAUGACAGAUGGUUUUUUUGACCGCCAUUUGUGCGGGUUUCGAAUGAGUAUUCGGCGGGUCAGGAAGGGUUGCCAUCCCUAGGCCCAGUUAGUGUGCUAUGAGGACAUGCACACAAAAAACCUCAUGUGCACCAUAGUGAAAUUGCAAAUCGAAACCUAAUUCCUUUUUCUCAACUCUCCCUUCACUCUUUCACUUUUUCCCUAGUAUUAACAAGAUUAUGUUAGUUAGUUAUUACUUAGUAGAUGUAUCAGAGUCAGAGAAUAAUGAUUUAAAUUAUAUUAUUAUCUAUCUUAUGAAUUAAUGGAUGUUUUAGGAUAGGGUUAAUACCUUAGUUUCGUUCGAACAUACACAAACUUUCUACAUUGGCCCGUGGUUUCCAAAAUUUCUCUUUUGGCCCGAACUAUGUACUAUACUUCCAAAUGUGGCCUGGAGCCGAAUUUGACCGUCAAAUUGGACGGUCAAGUCCAUUGACCAUUAGUCAAUGGCCAGCUCACUUGCCAUGUCAGCAAACACGGAAUAAAAUAUUUAUUUUUUGAAUUUUUGGGAAGAAGAGCUCACUUUGCUUUGGUCGCCAUCAGAAUAAAAAGGUGUUUUCAAGAUCUGGGAAUCUAGAUCAAUCGCGAACAGGUCGAGAGAGAGAGAGAGCGAGAUUCUAAGCUUUUUUGCUGUUUUGAGAGAGAGAGAUAGAGAGAUGAUGAGUUUUAUGUCCGACAAGUAGGGGAGCUAGCAUCGUAAAAUUUGAAGGCGAAGGAGGUAGCGGUUCAUUGCCGGCGACAUCGGUUCGCGAUUGAUGGUGGUUUGAGAGUCCAUUGAUCAUCGUCUCGGUGGUGGUUUGGUUUACCCUUGAAAAUAAAGUCUCUGUUGUCUUUCGCUUCCAAAAAUCCCCCAUGGAUGCUCUGCUUCAAGAAAACCCCAACUCCGCCAACCCUUUCAAGAAAGCUUUUUGAUCAUCGAUCAAACCAAAAAGCUCAAUCGAGCUAAGCGUCCAGUCCUCUAAACACCCAACUUCAAGGCAAUUUUGCUGUAGAUCCACUCAUCAUCUUCUAUUUAUUCAUCUCCCAAAAACCCUCACUAGCUCACCAAAUAGCCAAAACAAGAAACAUACAUGUACCUAGAAACAACAUAGAGCAACGUUUUGGAAACAAUCACCACCCUCCGGCAGCUGGACGUCUCCGUCUCCAAAGUCGGCGAUUUUAGGGUUUUGGCCCAUUUAUGUACAUAUGUUUACUCUGGACCUUUUAUGUUUUUGGACGUGGAGAUUUUGGGGUGUUUGGGACGUGGCUGAAGGGUUAGAGUGCAUGGGCAUUAGGGUUGCAUGGGUAUAUAUAUGCAUGUCGUAUGAUGUAGCCGCACAACUUGAAUUGGUGAUAAUAAGAUCUCAGCUCGGAGAGGCCAUCUCUCCCGUGGACUAGUCCCGAAUCUCGGGGAUACCACGUAUAUCGUGUGUGUGAGUUAUUGUUUUCUGUUCGAUCAAGCUCGAUUUCUUAACAUGGUAUCAGAGCUUUCAUCUGGCGAUUCCGUUCGUCUUGCUUUUCGGCUGAACUCCAAUAAUUAUGUAGUGUGGGAGUUCUAGUUUCGUGUGUUUGUAGAGGGCAAGGGCCUCCUUGGUUGGAUUGUGGCUCAUCGGAGAAGCCUGCUGCUAUGUCACCUGCCGCGGACAUCACCAAGUGGAACCAAAGCGAUGCUCGGGUCAGGUCUUUGAUUUUGGGGUCGGUUGAUCUGACUAUUAUUCUUGGCUUUCGGUUGAUGAAGGAUGCUCGUUCUAUGUGGAAGCAACUGGAGACUACGUAUUCGUCCAACAACAUGGCGCACAUUAGAUCAUCUAGAACAAGGUGAUCGUGACGUCUCUACAUAUUUCAAUGAUGCCUAGCAGUUGUGGACGUAGCAAGACUUACUCACCGCCGCCUUGUGCUCCAAGGAAGCCUUGGAAAAAGUUAUGGAGGAGCGGCGCUAGCAGCGUCUUCUUUAGUUCUUGAUGCGGCUGCGCCCCGAGUUCGAAUCUGUUCGAUCUACCCUCAUCAAUCAGGAUGAGAUCACCAUGGAUGGAGUUCUCGGCAAGCUCCUUCGCGAGGAAACCCGCAUUCAUACCCAAGCGAAGCUGAACACACGUCCUGGCGAGGGUGAUGUUGUCUAUGCCGCGCCUUCUGGAUCGUAUGGCCUAGAGAGAUCAGGGGACCACGCUUUUGCUGUGGGAUGUCCUCACUUCCAACAGCGUGUACCUAUGUCAGAGCUCGAAUGUCACCAUUGCCACGUGAAGGGUCAUCUGCAAAAACAUUGUCGUCAGCGCAACAUUUGUGUCUAUUGCAAGAAACCGGGGCACAUCGUUUUGGACUGUCCCUCUCUUCAAAAUCGUAGCCGAUCUUCUGCAGGAGCUCGUUCGAUUCCGCCUCACGCUGGGUCCUCCUCUCUUCCAGCUUUUGUCGCGCAGCAAUCUCAGCCAUCUUCCAAUGGGUUUGUGAUCAGUCCUGAAGCCGUUGAGGACCUUGUUAAUGCAGCUUUACAACGCUCACUCCCUACCGUGUUGAGCUCAGCCUUCGCCUCCCUUCAAACAUCAGGUAUUCUCAAACCUUGGCUGCUCGAUUCCGCGUGCUUUAACCACAUGAAGAGUGACAUUUCUACGCUUAAAAAUGGUGUGCCGGUUAGAGACAUGACUCUAUAGGUUGCCGAUGGGGAUCGAUUAGGAGUUACGGGUAUUGGGCAUGUCACGCAGCCUCCUGCCACUCUUCCUAAUACUUUGUGUGUCGAAUUUAUUUCCAUAUCUUGUUUUGGUUGGUCAGCUCAUUGAACAGGGUUACCGGGUUGUAUUUGCCCCUUCCGGCUGUGUUGUGUAGGAAGAGAAGACGUGGAGACAGGUCGGGCGUGGGAGUAGACAUGGUCGUGUUUUCCAUUUGGAGGAGCUCUCGAAUUGGUCAUCAAGCAGUCAGUCGGUGUCUAGGUCUUCUUCGGGUUCUGUUUUUUCAUGUUCGGUCUUUUGGAGUCUUUCUGAUCAACAAUUGAAUCUUUGGCAUUCACGCCUGGGUCAUCCGCAUUUAAGUCGGCUUGUAUCGAUGGUCAAACUUGAUCUUUUUGGUACUAAUAAGAUGAUUGAUAGUUCCCUAAACUGUUGUGUACCAGUUGUGUUGCUGCUAAGUCCACUCGGAAAAGUUUCCCUUCUAGUACUACUAUCAUUCAAAAUUCCUUUCAUAUAGGCCAUUCUGACCUCUGGGGUCCUUCUCCCGUCGUUUCCAGGCAUGACUAUCGCUACUUUGCUCUUUUUGUGGAUCAUACUACUCAUUUUGUUUGGGUGUAUUUUCUUUGUCUGAAGUCUGAUCUUUUGGCUGUUGCUACUGAGUUUAUUGCAUGAUUAAAACUCAGUUUGGAAAAUAGGUUAGCAUAGUUCGUUCAGACGAAGGGGACGAAUUUAUCUCUAAUGCUCUCCUCGAUCUCUAUCGCUCCCUUUGCAUGUUGUUUCAAAAAUCAUGCCCUGGCGUAUCCCAACAAAAUGGUGUAGUAGAACGAAAGAACCGCCAUGUUCUAGAAAUUACUCGUGCUCUUCUUCUCAUGUCAUUUGUCCCACCUCGUUUUUGGCCUGAGACGGUCUCCACCACCGUUCGUUUGAUCAAUUAUCAGGUUACUCACAUCCUAGAGUAACUACUUCGCCUUAAUUUUGUCCCAUCCUGAUUAUAGUAGUCUCUGUGUCUUCGACUGUACUUGUUUUUUUCUCCUCCCUCGUCAUGAACGAGAUAAGUUGUCAUAAAAAACUACUCGUUGUGCCUCCUUAGGGUACAGUUCAGUCCACAAGGGUUACAUUUGCUUUGAUCCGUUGCUGGAUAGGGUGCGUGUGUCUUGUAACGUGGUGUUUUUUGAGCACCUUCCCUUUUUUGAGUUGUAAUCAGAGUCCAAAUAUUUUGCCUCGUCAUUGAGUCCCUUGUCCUUUGAUAGUAUUGAUCCGGGUGAUUCAUUGAUACAGAAGAUUACCAUUCGCCCGACCUAUCCCCACCGCAGUCUCCGCAAGCUUCCUGAUGACUUGAUAUAUACACAUGUUUGUGUCCACCAUUCUUAUACCGUUUGAGUCUUAUUUCUCCUGUUUUAGGCCGAUUCCACGCUAGGUUGUUCUUGUUUUUGAUAUUUCAGGUCCUAGUACGUGAAUGAAGGUUUGGGACCGAGUUCGGGGUCGAUUGGACGAAGAUUGGACGUUUGGCAAGAAGCUGAGGAACCCACACGAGCAAUCCUAAAAUUCCACACGGUGGUGUGACUUGGCCGUGUGGCACCACUUUUCACGGUCAAAUCGUACUGGCCGUGUAAUGGACCCCUUGUGGCCGUGUGGGAUGUCUAGAUAGUUCACACGGCAGACCUAAAUUCCACACGACCGUGUGUCCUGGCCGUGUGGUCGGGCAGAGUUGGGGUUUUAACCCAAUUUCGUGUCUUUGAAGAGGGAGAUCGAGUUUUUGAGCAAACACUGAGCCCUAGAGAGAGAAAGGGCGAAGAACACCGCCUAAGAUUGGUUUUGGAGCUGGGUUUAUCAAUCAAGCUUGGAGAUCAUC